AUGGAUGCGGCUAUCCUCCACGACGAUAGUAGUAUGGAGAACCAGAAUCUACAUGUCAGUCCGAACCCGCUCAAAUGCCCUCCUGCGCCGCUGCAUCAGCUCUCGCCGGAGCGCAUCAACCAGCAACGCAUCCCUCAGUCGCCCUCUUUACAUAGCUACUUGGUUGACCAUGAUCGACCUCGCACCCGCGACUCUUUUACUUCCGAUGUCCAGUCGAAAGUCGCCUUCCUAAACAGCUUGGCGGCAAAUCCCAGCGUUCAAUCGUCGCCCACUCGGCCCAGAAGGCUCGGGGCUGGACUGCCAGACAUCUGCAAUGCCACACCUAAUCAUAAUCUUAAUACCAACAAUGCUCUUCAGCGUGCAGUCAUGGGAUACGAGGAAGCACAGGCAAGCCUUGCGAGCUUGAACGCCGAGCUCGAGCGGGCCAAGGAGGAAGUGGCCUCGAAGAAGAAGCGGGAGAGAAUGCUCUCACAACGCGUCGAGGAUCUCUUGGAAGAAUUGCAGGCCGAGAAGGAGAAAAGGAGCCGAGACCAGGAAUCCUACACGAAAGAAAUCAAGCGAUGUCGCAAGGAAACCUACCGUGCUGAACUGUCUGUCGUGGAGGCAAGGCAGGAUCUGCAAGAAGUGAGAGCCGAGUUGAAGAGAUGCCAGAGCGAGAUACAGCACGAGAGGACAGAGAAGGAGAAGAGUCGGCAAGAGAGUUUCGAGAGGGCAUACGCAUUGGCCGGAAUGGUGGGUGAGGUGGAUCAGCUGAAGGAUAGGCUAAAGGCAGUGGAAAAGGAGAGGGACGCAGCCUUGUUGGAGGCAAAAGCAAACGCCGCCGAAAAGAGUGUAUCUUUGGAGAAGGGUGUUCAGACUGAGUCGCCGGAGCCACUGAAUGAAGGUACAGGGACUGAAACCCCCCAACAUCCCCGCGAGAGAAAGACAUUCCAAGAAAGAGACAAGAAGCGACCCGCGCAGCUUUUGGAUGGCGAGAGCGAGAUCCAUUCUGUCUCUAGGUCGAAGAUGGGUCCAGCACCAGCGUCAACGCGUCGUGUGAAACAUGGGGAGCCUGCACGACUCCUCGCUCCAAAAGCGCCAGAUUUCGCUACAGCCAUAUCUCGCUUAAAUUACUUCGACAAGCAACUAGGAGGAGAAAAGAUCGCGCCUGAAGAAGAAGUUGAGUUUCUGAAACAGGAACUUGCUUGGGCACGAAAGAAGCAUGAAGAAGACUCAGAUUUGAUCCAUUUCAUGCAUAUGCAAUGCCAGUUCAAGGCUUGUCCGUGCCGACUGGCUGAAUCAAAUGGGGAUCGUUUUGUUUACGAUCAAGUUUAUGAUGCGAAGAUGCUGCAGCAGCGUGCGCCAAAGAAGAGGAAGAUCUCGAAUGAUGCGGAGGAGACGAGCUCGCACCUCGAAGAAACGUGUAAGGGACUUGUGGAACAGCCACUCGCAAGCAAAAACGAGCCUGUCCCGUAUCCGCCGUCAGCCAGCACUCCAUCAACCGAAGCGACUGAGCCAGCCAGACUUCCACCUGACCCAACACCAGAGUUGAUGGACAAUGCAGCAACAGACCCCAUGGUCCUUGAGCAAGCUAUUGAAGUGCCUCUCCCAGAGCCAGACGCCAUGGAAUUGGAUUCGAGCAGCACUAACUUGGAGGCAACGGCCCAGUUGGAGGAAAUAACGCAAGUUUUGGUGGAGCCUGCAAUAGGUUCGCAGCCGUUCUCCUUUUCAACAUCUAUCACAAGCAAUGCGGGCGUCGGGGCUCUAGCUCCAACACUUCGACAUACUGAGAGUACGUCGGCGGUGCUUGAUCAAGAUCUCUUCGAUCUCUCGCCGCCUAAACAAGCCCCUCCCCGAAGGCCUUCGACGGCGCUAGGUAUCUUGACCGUCGACUCACCUAUCCGGCUGGUGCCGGAUUCACCACGGUCGGCCAGGUCUUAUCAGCGAGAAAACGUGCGGUCUCUCCCAAAGGAACGAAGCCACGCCAUUACACCAUCAACUACGACAACCACCACGAAGAUUGCACUCAAAGACUCUCCAUCACGCGCUAGUCUGCGCAGGCGAGCACAGUCAAGACCGAAUCUUCGAAGCCACUCACCUUUGGCGGCGUCGGUAAUGUCUCAAUACGAUGAUUCUGACACGCAAUCUACAUUUAUGAAAGACUCUUCGGCUUCACCCGCCGCGAGUACUGUGUUCCCGGUGACGCCCUUACACAAACAUUCACGGUCAAUGCAUGAUCUAGCUCAGCAUGCGGAGACGCAGGCUCACGUUGAGAGUCAAGAUCAGGCGCAAGCUCCUAGCCGUGCCAGAAGUCCGCAGAUGAUUGCUACUACCACCACCACAACGACUACGACACGCGUACCACUUAGAGAAGCCGUGGAUGCAGAUGAAGUGUCAAGCCAGGAGCACCGAGAGUAUCGAAAUGGAGACGACCACGCCCAAACCGAGGUCUUAAAUAUCAGAAUGGACUCCAAUACGAGCAGAGAACCUACUUUUCAGACGCAGUCCAGGGUGACUUCCCUCUCGAGUUCAGCCAUGCUCUCCAACGUCCCUGGAACUCCGAUCUCCCGGGAGGCUGCUCUAGCACAGAUCCGAGCACGGAGAGAUCGAGCCAGGAGCGUCAAUUUGAAACGCUCGCUGGAAGGCCAUGGCAAGGGGGUCAACGGUGCACGAAGUCCGACGAAGCCACGGCCGGGGGUAUUGAAUGGAAGCAGCGGGCUGUUCCCAGCAGUCGGCAAGGAGAAUGCGCGGAGAGAGAUCAGCCAAGCGAGUGCGCCUGGCCGGCUUGCUUUCUGA